CCCUCUUUAUUCCCUCUUUAUUCCCUUCCCUUAUCACAAGGUCAUAUAAACGUUUUUAGCACUCCAAUUAUAUCUUGUAAUGAGAAAUAUUUCGUACUUUACAUUCUUCUGUACAUAAGUCAUACCGUUGCACCUACAUAUCGGUAAAAGCGUAAUUUUCUCUUGAAUAGGUUGUAUUCAUAUAAACCACAUUAUUAAUUACGAGAUAAAAGAAACAAGAGAAACAGUUUGAGGACUUGAAAAGUUGACUGUAUUCGCUUAGUCAACUUUUGUAAUGAAUAAAGAAAGUGACGAUUUCAUCAGCCUCGAUUUUGAAGAAGGCGCCUUUGGUUGCUUCUUUGCUAAUAAUAACGACACGAAAGAUACUUCAAGUUGCCGUACGGAUGGCAGCAAUAAUGAAAAUGAUAUAAUCCAGGAUUGUUUAAAACCUGAGUCUGAAGAAAACCGAGUCGAAUUAGUAACUCACAAAGCUGGGUUUGAUAAAGUUGACCAAACAAAGGUCAAUAAGAUUUUAAAGAAAUUGGAGGAAAACUCCUCGUUUGGUCGGUUAAAGGCCAAAAAAGAUGCAGAACUUCAAGAAAAUAUCCGAGAACAGAGAUGGAUCUAUGAGCGUCUUCAGGCGCAAGAUUUAACCUUCGUGAGAUCACGUGUUCAAUCUUGUAUCAAUAGAAUUGAACAAAAGCGUGACUUAAGCAAGUGUAUUGUGUGCAUAGACAUGGAUGCAUACUAUGCGUCUGUUGAAGAAAGAGAUGACUCUACGCUGGUUAACAAGCCAAUGGGUGUUGGAGACACUGCGAUGCUAUGUACAGCAAACUACACGGCAAGGAAAUUUGGCGUGAGGAGCGGAAUGCCUGGAUACUUUGCGAGGGCGCUUUGUCCUCAAAUUGUGAUCGUAAAGCCAAAUUUCGAAAAGUAUACAGCCGUUUCACGACAAAUUAGGACGAUUUUUGCACGAUACGAUCCGAACUUCAGCGCGAUGAGCCUUGACGAAGCAUUUUUGGACAUAACCAGUUAUGUUCAGUAUAACAAUCAGACUCCGGAAGAUGUGGUGCAACAGAUAAGGAACGAAAUUUACGAUGAAACGAAGCUAACCGCCAGUGCCGGUAUUGCCGCAAAUAAGUUAUUAGCAAAGGUGUGCGCGGACGUAAACAAGCCUAAUGGGCAAUAUAGACUUGCAAAUGAUAAAGAUAAAAUUAUUGAAUUUCUUUGUGAACUUCCUGUAAGAAAGAUCUGUGGUAUAGGUCAAGUGGCUGCGAAGGUCCUGAAUGGUGUCUUUGAUAUACACACAUGCGGAGAACUGUUGGAUAAACUUGCGUAUAUCAACAUGAUGUUCUCCGAAAAUUCUUUUAACUUUUACAUACGAGUUGCUUUAGGUAUUGGAUCAAGCGGUAUAAGUAUUGAUUAUAUUCGAAAGAGUGCAAGCACCUCUAGGACUUUCGCCCCUACCAAUGAUGUAAAGUUGCUUUACGAACACUUGCGUCAUAUUGCGGAAGAACUAGCACAUAGACUUGAUCAGGAGAAUUUGGAAGGCAAGACAAUAGCAGUUAUCUUCAAAAUGCAGACAUUUGAGCAGUUUACGCGACAAAAAGCUCUAACCAAAUAUAUCAGUAUUCAACAUGACUUGUACACUUAUUGUAAAGCUAUUUUAGAUAAAGAAGUUCCAAUAUCUCUUCGCCUAUUGGGUAUUCGAAUCACGAAUCUACGCGAUAAGAAUACAUCUAGUGUUAAGAGCUAUUUUGCAAUUAAGGAAGUUCGAGAUUCACUGAAUAAUUAUGAAAUGUCGCAAUUGCUUUCAAGUAAACAAGAGAAUUUGAAAGGUGAAUUGAGUUGCAAUGAGCAAAGUUCUCAGCAAGUAAAUUUAAUAUUGGAAUCUCGGAAAACAAGUCAAAGAUGUAAUGUAACAGAACCGUUGCAUAAGACUUCUCAAGAUACAAGCUUAAAAAGGUCAAGUAGGCAAUGUAUACCAGAGCCACAAUGUUUGGAACAGAAUGACUUUUGUUCCGCGCAGCAUAUAGGCCCGCGAGAUGACAAUAUAUCUCAUAUAACAGAGUCUCAGAAAACAAAUCUGAAUGAUAGUACCUUUGCUGUUGAUGUAGUCACCAUAAUUGAUAAUGAGCAAUCUCAAGAUAGAACACCUACUCAAGGUGACAUUGCAAAUCUCACGGAACUAUCAAUCUCAGAUGAUUUCGAAAAUGUUCUCACUCAACUUGAACUGUCUGAUAAAAGCGUUGAGUCAAGAGUUGAUUCUAACACAAGGAAACGAGCAUUAGAAGAUGUAGCCAAAUCAUCAACUAUCUUUGAUUCAUUAACAUUAAAAAGAAGGUUAAUUAAUGAUGAUCAAGUUACAACUUCAUCUCAAGCUCAAGUUAACGAUGAUAAAACGCGCGUCAAAAAUACAGAUGUAAUCCAUGAGAAUUGGAAUUGUCCAAUAUGCAACCGACACUUCGAUAACCCAACAAGAAUGCGGGUUAAUAGUCAUUUUGAAGCCUGCAGAGCACCUAGAUUCCCUAAUACCAAAAUUAAUGGAGUAAGAGGUCGAAGAGGACGUGGUAGGGGGCGGCGUGGAUCACCUCAUCCUACUGUAACAUUGCAUAACUUUUUCCCAUCAUCUCAUCUAGGAAUCCACUAAGGUAUGAGGAAAAGGUGUCAGAGUUAGAAUUUAAGAACACAUGUACAUUAAGAUUUUAGAAAAGAGCUUGCUGAUAAAUCAAUCAGUACAGGCUAUGUAUGCAUAACUUAAGAAUGUAGUAAAUUAAUGUUAUUUUUUGAUGAUGGACAUUUAAUUAAUAUUAGCAAAAAUUAUACAUAUUUAUAUAUGAACGAUAAUCAUUGGAUAACAUGGUUGUAAAAAGUAUUUUUAUUUUUAUUUCAAAAUAAACUUUUAGAUGGU